UUAGUCCACUGUUCAGACUAACUAAGAAUCAAACACAGAGAUGGAGGGGCACAACUGGACUUUUCUCCUGGUAUUGUGCUGUCUUCUGCCACUGGCAACUCCGGCUGCCAGGCAUAUGCCAAAGCUCUCAGACAAGAAGCUAUGCGCUGAUUCAGAAUGUAACUAUCCUAUACUCAUUGCUAAAGCUCUACAUGAUUAUUAUCCACAAGACUGUCGCUUCAUACCAAUCUACCAAGGCCAAAUUGUCUAUGUGUAUGCAAUGCUGAAAGACCAAGGGAACCUUUUCUGGGCUGGAAGUGUUCAAGGGUCGUAUUAUGGAGCUCAGGAGGCUCGUCUGGGAUAUUUCCCGAGCAGUGUUGUUGAAGAGACGUAUGCAUUAACGCCUGCUGAGGUUGAGGUUACAACUACCAAAUGGGACUUCUACUGCCAUUAGGAUUGCAUGAUUCUCCCAAGGAAUUGCAACACAAUUCUUAUAGUUCCACUUUGCACUUUAAGACGUUUGUAUAGGCUACAUGUAUUGCCAAUAAUAUGCAACUUAACUUUACAGUACUAAAAACAUUUAGGACUGUGCUGAGUAACGGUUUGCUUGAGACUGUAAAUGCAUGUGUGAAUAAAAAUGAGCUGCUGCUUUGUUGGUCUGAAA